AUGGACGAGACGCCAGUUUGGUUCGAUAUGGCGGGCGAAUUGACUGUGAAUCUAAAAGGUGCAAAAACAGUCCAUGUUCGAACAACUGGGAAUGUUAAAAAUAGAUUUACCAUUGUUUUAACAUGUUUUGCUGAUGAUAAAAAGCUCCCCCCAGUUAUUAUCUUUAAGAGAAAGGUUUGGCCAAUUCACACACCACCACCUCCAGCCGGCAUAGAAGACGUUUUCAAUGACGUUAUCGUUCGGGCAUUCAAAAAAUGCGGUAUCUCUAAUUGUUUGUUGAGAGUUGAGGAUCAUUUGAUUUAUGAAGAUGACGAUGAAGAGAAUUCGGAUAAUAAAUCUGAAGAAGGAAAUGAUGAAAAUGAAGGACCUGACGAAGACGACGAAUUUGAUGAUGAUGAUGAGUCUAAUGAAGACGAUGAAGGUGGUGAAUCUGAUGAAGGCGGUGAAUCUGAUGAAGGCGGUGAAUCUGAUGAAGGUGGUGAAUUUGAUGAAGACGGUGAAUUUGACGAUAAAAAUACGUACGAAUCUCAUAAGUGGCCCGAAUGUUUUGUUGUAAUUGAAAAUGCAUGA